AUGAUCUACACAAACACUGAUCUGGCAGGGGUUCGGUCCUUCGUGCCAGAGCAGGAGAUGGAGGUGAGGAUCAUUGGUGGUGUGGAGGCCUGGGCCCACUCCUGGCCAUGGCAGGUAUCCCUACGCUUUACCACCAUGCCAGCCUGUGGUGGUGCCAUCAUCGCCCCUCAGUGGGUUCUGACUGCCGCACACUGCUUCAAGCAGUAUAACAAAGUGGAUUUCUGGACUGUGAUGGUGGGAAAACACGACCUUGAGAAUCCUAAUGAAGAAUGUCAACAGUUGGUUGCAAUCUCAAAAAUAGUCACCCACAAGGAUUACAACCGCAUGACAAAGAUGCAUGACAUUGCCCUGGUGAAGAUGAAGACCCCGCUGGUGUUCAACCAGUGUGUGAGACCCAUAGAGAUAUGGAUGGGGCCAAUCGAACCCAAAAAGCAAUGCACAGUGACCGGCUGGGGCACCACCAGAGAGAAUGGGCCUCGUGCCAACAGACUCCAGGAGGUUAAUGUGACCUGCCUGUCCCCAGAGGACUGUAACAAGUUCUACCGUGGUGUAGUUCAGCCCACCAUGUUCUGUGCUGGAGACCCUGAAGGAGGCAUAGACGCCUGCCAGGGUGACUCAGGUGGACCUCUGUCCUGCUACACAGGGUCCAGGUAUGAGUUGGCUGGAGUGGUCAGCUGGGGAGUGGGCUGUGGUAGAGCCCAGAGGCCUGGGGUCUAUACUAAAGUACAGGUCUACCUAGACUGGAUCAAUGAAUUAAUUCAAGAGAGUUGUGGUCAGAGUAAGAUAUUGACCUGCCGGCUGGAUUCCCGCCCGGCAGGGGUGUAUGUGACCUUGGAGGGUGAGGUGCGGGUGGGGAGUGUGACAGAGGCGUGCGCCAACUCCUGGCCCUGGCAGGUCAGUCUGCAGUCCAAAGGGAGACAUUACUGCAGCGGGACCCUGAUCCACCACCACUGGGUCCUGGCACCGCAACACUGCCACAGCAAAGCUACAGUUGACACCGUGGUGCUGGGAGGUCACGACCUGAGGUUCAUGGCUGCCCAGACCAUCCCGGUGGACGAGGUGUUCAGCCACCCCCACGACGGAACCUUCCCUUCGACCUCUGACCUCACACUCAUCAAGCUCAGUGUUCCAGCUCGAUUUGAUGACACAGUGUCUCCAGUUUGCCUCCCACAUGAGGAUGUGAAGCUGGAUGACAGCUGGUCCUGUGUGACAACAGGCUGGGGAUCCAGCAAAUCGGCACGUAUCGAAGGUUAG